GGGCAAAGCGGAGUCUGCGCUGUUGGGAGAAGACCUUUGUGCGCCUGCGCGGCGACAGGUCCGGCGGACAGUUUGAAUUUUGGCUCUGGAAGUUGGUUUCACGAUUUGGCGUUUGGGUCGUAGUCUGUAGGUGCACUCGGUCCCCAGCCGCAGCGCAGGCUCUUCGCUCCAGACUCCGAGAGGUCGCUGGCUCGGAAGCCGCCCGAGGAGGCAUCGCUUAGCAGACGCUUAAAGGAUGGCCUCAGAUCUAGAACAGCUAUGCUCUUAUGUUAAUGAGAAGAUUGAGAAUAUUAAGAAAAUUCUGUCGAUAAGAAAUCUUGGCCAAGACCCUGCCUUGAAGACUACCUUAAGUAAAAUAGGAGAUGAGAUCAUUAUAGUAAAUGAGCUUCUAAAUAAAUUUGAAUUGGAAAUUCAGUAUCAAGAACAAACCAACAGUUCGCUCAAGGAGCUCUGUGAAUCUCUUGAAGAAGAGUUUAAAGACGUGGACCAUCUCAACGAACACAUUCCUUCCUGUUUGCCUCGAGUGACAGUGACUCAGAGCUCGGUUCACAAGCCAGAUCUGGAUCCUAAUGAGUCAGUUAAAGUUGAGGAGCCUGUACUGCCAAAGAAGCCUCCCAGAGAGCAGAGAGUUAUUAAGGAAAUGCACUUUAUAACCACGGACGAGUUCAAUGGUGUUCCUGCGUACAUGAAAUCCCGUUUAACUUAUUGUCAAAUUAAUGAUGUUAUUAAGGAAAUUAACAAAGCAGUAGUGAGUAAAUAUAAGAUUAUACAUCAGCCAAAAGCAUCUAUGAGCUCUGUGAAGAGAAAUCUCUACCAAAGGUUUAUUAAUGAAGAAACGAAGGACACAAAAGGUCGUCACUUCAUCGUGGAAGCCGAUGUAAAGGAAUUCACGGCUUUGAAAGUUGACAAGAAGUUCCAUGUGAUCAUGAACAUUCUGCGGCAUUGCCAGAGACUGUCGGAGGUCCGCGGGGGAGGACUUACCCGAUAUGUCAUUACCUGAGGCUUUUGAAGACUUGGAACUGAUUGGCAGUAGUGUAUGGAGGGUAGUCUCGACAUUUCAUGUGUUUUUAGCUUCUCCAUUUCCUGGCCUUGUUUGUUACAGAAAGUAAAACUUUGGAUAAAGCAUAUAUAUUUUCAAACUGUACUGCCUUUAGGAACGUGGAUGAAGCUGGAGCCCAUGGUAGCACAGUAAGCCAGAGUCAGAAAAGUCUCCUGUGGAACCCGUGUGUGUAAGAGUGUGGGUGUCAUGAGAGCAGAAGGAGGAUCUUGAGAAGUACGUGGAGAAGGGGAGCAGAGGGGCAGUGGAGCACUGUGAUAGGAGACCAGAAGGAAGGAUUAUCUGGGAACCAGCCAGGGGAGGGGAAGCAACUGCGAUGCCACAAGAUACAUAAAAGUGUAGUAACUGGACUCAUUUCUUUAUGUGCUAACGUAUAAAUUAAUUAAAAAAUCACUGCCUUUCAGU